CUCAUCAGAGCCAGAGUCAGAGUCAGAGUCAGAGUCAGAGUCAAAGUCAGAUAACUUCCUCCCCGCAGACAACUUCCUGCGCGAGUCCAAACUUGCAAAUGUGGUGAUCGACCCUGCUUUGAGACAAAAGUGCAGUACAACAACCUUUUUAGCUCCAUAUAGCGAGGGAAAGGAAACUGUUUACGGCAGCGGUCACGUCAGUCAGAGAUGACAGCAAGCACCCCCAGCUACUUGUGGUCCUUACAGGAUGUCCUGGGUCAAGGGGCAACUGCCUGUGUCUACAAGGCUCGAAAUAAGAGGACGGGUGAGUUAGUAGCAGUCAAAGUGUUCAACUCUGCGAGCUACAACCGCACACACGAGGUCCAGAUGAGGGAGUUUGAGAUGCUGAGAAAGCUCAACCACAAAAACAUUGUCAAGCUUUAUACAGUGGAGGAGCUCCCAUCCAAACAGAAAGUUCUAGUUAUGGAAUUUUGCUCAGGAGGAAGUUUGCUCAACCUGCUUGAAGAGCCAGAAAAUGCUUUUGGCCUGGCCGAGACCGAGUUUCUCACUGUAUUGCAAUGUGUUGUGCAGGGAAUGAACCAUCUACGAGAGAACGGCGUGGUGCACAGGGACAUUAAACCAGGCAACAUAAUGCGGCAGACGGGCGAGGACGGGAGGUCUGUCUAUAAGCUGACUGACUUUGGCGCGGCAAGAGAACUGGAGGAAGGCGAGAAGUUUGUGUCCGUCUAUGGAACUGAAGAAUAUCUGCACCCAGACAUGUAUGAGCGUGUGGUGCUUCGUAACCAUCACCAGAAGACGUAUGGAGUGAGUGUGGACCUGUGGAGCAUUGGGGUGACAUUUUACCACACUGCCACAGGGUCUCUCCCCUUUUUGCCAUUCAGAGGACCCCGCAGGGACAAGCAAACCAUGUACAAAAUCACCACAGAGAAACCAAAAGGGGCCAUUUCUGGAUUUCAGCGGGUCGAUAAUGGACCAAUAGAGUGGAGCUCAUACCUGCCGGACAGCUGCCAACUAUCGGAGGGUCUCAAGAUGCACCUAGUUCCAGUCCUUGCUGGUAUUCUCGAGGUGGAUCAGGAGAGGUGUUGGAGCUUUGACCAGUUUUUCACCGCCACAACAGACAUCCUGCAGCGGCAGCCCGUGCACCUGUUUGCUCUCCAGCAGGCCGUAGCACACUGCGUCUACAUUCAUCAUCACAACACGGUGUCUGCCUUUUUUGAGGAAGUAGCGAUGCACACUGGAAUUGAUGCCCAGCACCAACAGCUACUCUACUUGGGCCAUGUACUCCCACUAGAGGGCAGCAUGAAGGUGGUCAAUCUCCCUCACACGACAGUUGAAAGACCUCUCAUCUUGCUGAGUCAUGGGCCAGAAGCAAGCAGCAGCCUACCCUUCAGAGAACCAGAGACUCCAAUCAUCCCAGCCAAGUUUGAUGUCAUGGCAGACUACAACUUUACCAAGUUAAUAGUGGGAGUGGUCCACCAGUAUCUGAGAAUAGUACAACUGCUGCACUCGCACAGAGAGCUGCUACUGGAAGGAUAUUACAGUUACAUGAUGAGGUUGCGGAGGGAGUGUGAGGAAGCUAUGCACAGUAUUGCGCAGAUAAGUAUUAGACUCAAGUCCUGCUUGGGCAUACAACACAGGAUAUUCACUCUAGGUCACCAUGCUUCAGAAAACCCGGGUGCAGUUGAUAAGAACGAUAGGUUGCAGCAGGUCAAUGAGCACCUGCCUGGGUACGCUGCAGGCAUUCAGGAAUUUCAGAAUCGCCUGGACCACUUGCAGAUAGAGCAGGCCCGGCUAGCAGAGACCCUGAAUAAUGACAGAAGCUGUCAGAAAAUGCAGAUGCUCCUUCAAAAGAUUGUGGCGAUUCAUCAACUUUACCGGAAGGACAGACUCUCAGGCAAAUUGUUAUAUAAUGAUGAGCAAAUCCACAAGUUUGAAAAAAUCCACCUGUCCUCGCACAUCAAGCGGGUGAAAUCUCUUAUUAGAGAAAACUGUGCGCUAAGAUACAAGGAUCUGUUGGACACCACUAGGACAUGGAGCAGAAUUUUACUGGAAAUGCAGAACCAUCUACAAGACUUCAGUUCCUUCUCCACAGGCUUGUUGGCUGACCUUGAGAUAACAGAACAGCACCAAAACAAAGUCUGCCAUCGACUGCGGGGGCGGCGGAGAGAUGUGUUUGGAAUCUGCUUUAUGCUAGAGAUUCCAAAUCCUAAAUUCAACCUCAUCUCUCGACCCAAGAUUCUGGACAAAAUCUUCCUCACACUACAGCCAUGCAGAGCAGGAGAGCAGCAGCAGCAAGAAAUACCACUCAGGGACAAGGAACAAAUGGUGUCCAGGUUCGUGAUGUACCAUCUAAAGGAAGAAAUGGAAAUUCUGGUCCGGGAACUGCAGUGUAACAACACCAUUAUUGAGAGCAGUCUAGAAGCAGUGAACUCUGCAGUGGCCGUGCGGCCGAGCUUGGCCCGGCCCGCCACGCUGUGACAGGCGUCUCAUUUUAAUUACCUAGUGAACACUUGCUGGACGACUGCUGUGAUGCUAUCAAAGAGUGCCUGCUACAAGAGGAAGCUGAAGAGAACAGAUUGCCAAGCAAUUAAGAGAUAAGAUUCACAGUUGGAGACGGAACACCACAGAGGGAUUUUUGUGUGGGUUUUUCCAGCAAGAACUUCAGUGCACACCUCGGUAAUACAUUUCAUCCAUUUAUUUUCUAUACCGCUUAGCCCAUUCAAGGUCACGGGGAAGUGAAAAUUUAUCCUAGCUGAAAUCCGUCGAAAGGCAGACCGCUAUUGUUUCACAAAACACAAUACAUUUUAGUGUUGUUAAAUUUUUAACUCAUGCAGUGAUGUGUGGGAGAAACUGUUUACAAUUUGGGUGAUCUCACUGAAAAGGCUAAAGUCUUUCUUUUCACCUCCUCUGUUCUUUAUUUUGUAAUCACCCCUCCAGUGUCUCCAAUGACAUUUUAUUUACUUCUGACACUGAUUAAAUCAAUCAAAGCCCUCUCUAUCAGAUGUUCUUUUAAAGUACUUUUUCUAGUCUGUUCCCGUGUUGUUGUUUUCCUUCCAUUUCGUGAGUAGUGCUUUGUAUGUUUUGAAAUCAUUUGCCCAAGACACACCACACAAUUAAAAUACUGAUUCAAGA